AUGGCCACCUCUCCCGGAGUUGUGAAGGGCAUGUCGAAGUUUCUUGUCUUGCCCCCAAUUGAAAUCACCAAGCAGCAGCAGCAGCAGGAUGAUGUCGCACAGGCCACUGCAGCAAAGGAAAAGAUCGAGCAGAGUAUACGUGCACAGAGGAAGCUACUGCUGCACAGACGGAGUGAUGUGCAACAAGAGCAACUCCAGAAGAUACUGUAUGUUUUUGACUCAGCCAUGACAGCUGCUUUGCCAGUAGUCAUGUGAUAGACAAAAAUGCUAGAGGAUGAUUCCAGGAUCUAAUUAAUUGAAUGAUUAUGUAGACCACAAGGGUUCAUGCAAUGUGAUGAGUCUUAUCAAUGAAUCCUUACAGGGUUUCAAGAGCGAUGGAAGCCUACAGACAGAGUAAAGAGAGGGGAGCAGUGCAAAGCCAGUCACCAGAGCCACAGUUGCCAGCUUCUGUAUGGGAAUUAUCUAUCUACCUUUAUACACAUUAUAAAUACAAAUCUGCUUGUAAAUACAGCUAUGUUUUGCCUUGUUUGCUUUGCAGAUGCUCAGUGAAGAGCGUAAGCGAAGGGUGAGUUCACUUUUUUAUCAAGUCAUACCUCUCAAGAAAUGAAACACUAUGUAGGGGAGACCGGGGCUUGUUGUCACACUUUUUACACUCUUAUACAUUUCUCAUAAUUAAUACAUCAUAUAUAAACAAAAUGUGUACCAGAUGAAAGACCAAAGUCUCAGAUAUAUAUUUCGUAUUGAUGUCAUUUUCAUAUCUUGAGUCAGUACAGAAUGCGCACAACGCUACUGCGCAAUGCUGGUUUCAGGAAAUUAAGAAAGAUCGCCGAAAUACCGAGAGCUUUUUGGGUUCAAAUCCGUAUACUGGCUGGUGGCGAAACUAAGUUGUCCAUAGUAUAUACAGUCUUUGGUGACAACUAACCCUAAAAUGUCUGAGACAUGUUACCCCAAACUAGCAUGUUUGCUAAUUCUAGCUUUAGCUUAAAGUUAGCUUAAAAGUGAACAAUGACUGAGGUAUGACAGAAUGCCUUAAUCUCUCCUCUAUCCUGUAUCACAGCUAGGAUUUUUAUCUGGAAGAAGCUUAUUUUAAAAUAUAUCAAGUUAUUUAUUUAUUUAUUUUUACUUUGGGUUGUGCAAAAUGGUUAAUUGAUGCUCAUCUCAGCUCACAACAUGCUCUUCUCUUGUCAGACAGGACAUGACCCCUGACCAUGUAAAGGAAGAAAACUAGUAUUUCACUUUUUAGUCGCGUCCUCUGGUGGCAAAGAUAAUUGCAAUGUGACAACUUACCCACGUGACAACAAGCCCCGGUCUCCCCUAAAUCUAUGCCAUGCCAAUCUUGAUAAACUUACAUUCCAUAUGCAGAUGAAUUACAUGUUCCUGAAGCGCUGUGUGGAGAGUCGCCCACUGGCUCCAAUCAACCAACAAUGGCUGGACUCCAUAGUUGCCAGAGUUCCUCCUAAACUUAGAGAGGACCCUGAGAUGAGAAAACUACUACAAGAACUCUGCAAAGAAGUCAGUGACAAUUUCCACAGCGUUAUUGUCAGCCACACAGGUAUUGCCUGCUCUCUGAAUGUAUGUAUGUGGACUUACAGAGUGUAUGUAGAGCACAGGUGAACCAUGUCUUAUAUUACUCUCAUCCCCUUUAGUUGACACAGUGCUGAAGAAUCCACUGAAAGAAGGACCAGAUUCUGAAAAACAAACAGCCAUCCAAACAAAGUGAGCGACUUCUAUUAAAAAUUGGUUGAUAAAAAAUAAACAAAUUGCAGAUACCUUUUAUUGAACUACCUUUCUGUUGUUUUGCAGGAUACUUGAUUUGCCCCAGCCAUGGCAUGACAGCUUUAUCAGAAGCCGCAAGCUGAUGCAAAAAAAUCUGCAUAUUCUUCAUCCGGUGAUGCAAACUAUCCUUGACAUCGGCAACACGACGUUUUCUUCUCUGGUCCUGGUUGACUAUUCUAAGUCUCAGUAAGAAGAGACACUACACAACUAUAGUGUUUCACAUAAUGAUCGAAGAUGAUUUUAAUGUUUGCUUCUGUUGGUUCAGAGCUUCGGGACCUGUAGACUGUAAGAGCCUUCAAAACAAAGUGGCUGUGGAGUGUAAAAGGACAGAAGACCGCAUCAUGAAUACUUGGUUUCCUAAAGUAAUCAGUUUGUUGACAAGUAAGGAAAUCCUGGCGAGAGUUAAAGAGGAGAAGCUGGACUCCUUUUCCAGAUGUACAUCAACCCUCAUUUCAAAUCAGGUAAGACUUUUCCUUGAGUAGAGUCAAGUUUAUGUUUAUAUACAGUGCAACUAAACUGCCAGGAAUAUGAACCAGUAAAUUCAAAUGGUAAACUUUUGUCCCCUGUGAAUUCCCAGUUAAAAUCCAUGCUUCAUAGGAAUGUGGAGGAAUUUGUCGGCCUGUUUAAUCCAAGCAAUGGUCACCGCGUACCCGUCUUUCGCAUGGCUUUGACAUUUGAUGAUGAAAAGAUGGAAAUCUAUCCCACCUUAGAAGAUUUGAAAGCUGCUGUUUUUGAGAUGCUUCCUGCCAUCACACAGACACUGCAGGUAAGGUUAAAAGAUGUGACUGUCAUUUAAAGGAAAGUGUCGCUUUUUUUUUAUUAGUGUGAACUAUUUUAAAACCUUUGUUUGUGACCAACAGAAAGUACAGACUGUCCAGUCAUGGCUGACACAAGGCAUAUCCAUUUUUGUGGAUGCAAAAGUUGCUGAUCAUAUUCUCACAUGGGCUAAGGACACUGUCAAGACAGCUCUAUGCACGAAUCUAGAAGGACCUGAUAAACAUUUCAAGGAAUAUGGUGAUUAAUUCAGAAUCAAAUCACUUUUUAUGUGACUUUGGCUGACUUUCAUGCUGAUUUUUCCUGUUUUACUUUGCAGUUGAGAAGUAUGAUUGGCUCGUCAAUGGUACCGCAAAGGCCAGGGUAGAGAAGUUCAUGAAAGAGGAGCACUCUUUUGAAGAGUACACAGAAGUAAGAAGAAAAAGGAGGUUUAAUUUUGGCUGCAUAUGUUAUGAAACUACUCUGUUUUUUUUUUUUUUUUGGUGACUGUCAGAGUGUAAUGUUGCUUCUUUUUAAAGCUGGUGGAGGAGUUUCGUGCACUGUCAAAGGAGAUCGUCAGCCUCCCUGCCAAAACGCGUUUCACAAUGGUCCAUCUGGACUGUGAAGAGCUGAAGCAAGGCCUGGCCGACAAAGCCAAAAGCUACGCCGAAAUACUUCUGAAGAAACUCAUUACCAAUCACCGUGAGCAAAAUCUUCAGUGAGUAACAUCGCUCUGAAAGUCUACCUCCUUUUUUCAGCAUUCUCAGACUUUACUCACAGUUUUAUUUUAUGUCUGAUCACAGGAUUUGCUCUGAAUUUGAAACUAUCAGAGAGAAUGCUGUGAAAAUACCAGAGACUACAGAGGCCAUGACUCAGCUCAUUGAUUACAUAAAUGUCAUUAAGACAAAGGGUAUUAAAGAGCUUAAUGAGAAAAUUAAGGUAAAAUUAUCACUUCCUCUUGCAUCAAGCACCAGUGUGUUUUGAUAUGCUUAAUCUUGCAUCAGUUCUACAAUAAUUUCUCGCCGCAUGCCUCAACAGGAGAGCUACCACAGACUCAUCUACCUCCUGGAUGUCCACGUCAUUGAUGCAAAGGAUCAUGAGCUUAAUUCCUCCGUCUUUCUCUGGCCGCGGAAAAUCCUUCAUGCCUUUGAGCUCAGUGAUGAGGUAACACCUCUGUCUCUGAAGGCAACAUUUUAUCAUUGCUGUUGUUUUUUUUUUUUUUUACACUGAUAACCCAACUCUGUCUGGAUGGUUUGGUCAAUUUUUCUAGGUGUUGCAAAAAGCCAUGCAGAAAGGGGAACAGGAGGUGAUUGCCAAAAGAGAACAUUUAAUGAUACAGCUGGAAAAGUUGGGACGCAGGAUAGAGGAGUUCCCAUGCUGCUCUGAGCUGGACAUGAUGCAGCAGGUAGAGUUACCGGGACUUUCAGAUACCGUUGAAGUAGUUCUGACAUUUUGGAGAACAUAUGCAAAUGCUUUCUUGUUAAUUAUUAGAUGAAAAAAUAAAUACUUCCCAUAAUUGUAAAGGAAAAAGCUAUCACAGCUGGCCUGAUUUGCGUAAGACCUGAAACAGUUACAAAACAGUGACCUUUGUUCUCCACUUAUGUAACAAAGCCUGCUCACCAAAAAUCUCCAGGUUGGAUAUUCCUUGAUAUAACAUCUCAGUAGUUAGCUUUGGAAAAUACUGACAAAAUCACCACAAAGCACAAUUGUAUUAUGGUUGUCAGCAAAAUAAUGAAAUCAAAUGGAUAAAUAAUUCAAUAUUUAUUUCUUUUGAGCAGUAUAUAACAGAUGUCAGAACAGUCCAGAAGCUUCUCCAGGAUGCUGAAGAGACCAUUGCCUUCAUUCACAAAGAAGAGGACUUUUACAAAUGGGAGCAAACAUCUUACCCAGAAGUUGAGGUCUUCAAAGACCGCAUUGAGCCAUAUCAUAAGCUCUUUGGACUUGUCCUGAAGUGGCAGCGCUCAGAGAGCAGGUCGUAUAUUCGUCUGCCACGUAUUAUGAUGUGAUGAAAACAUAGCAAGUUAACCUUUUGUUUUUUUUCUGUGAGUAGAUGGAUGGAUGGUUCCUUCAAGGACCUGGAUGGCGAAAGCAUGGAAGGGAAGGUGGAUGAGUUCUUUCGGGAGGUCUUUAAGACACUGAAGUUUUUUCAGCAGAAACAGAAUAAAGCAGAGCAAGAGAUGGAGAAGAUGUCAGGGCCGACUAAACGUCAGGCUGGUGUGGAUAGUCCCAGGAAGCGGGAAAACCCCACAAUCCUUUUGUGCUCCACUGUUCUGGAGCAGAUUAAAGACUUCAAGGUGGUGUAUGUUUCUGUUAUUUUAAAUGAGAUAAUGUCAGGAAGACUUAUUUGUUUAUUAGUGGUUAUCUCUCUCUCUCUCUCUCUCUCUCUCUCUCUCUGGAUUGUGUUUGUGUCAACAGAACUACAUCCCUUUAGUGUCGACUUUGUGUAAUCCGGGGAUCCGAUCUCGCCAUUGGGACCAGAUGUCAGAUAUUGUUGGGUAUGACCUCACCCCUGACUCCGGUACCACGCUACGUAAAGUUCUCAAACAAAACCUGACUCCAUACCUGGAAGAGUUUGAGUCUAUCAGUGCUGCUGCUAGUAAAGUAAGAACUCCUUGAAACCUUGUCCUCGGAGUUUGUUAAAAUCUGCAAUCAGAGUGCUUAAUGCAAAUCACCCCUCUGUGUGUCUCAACAGGAAUUUUCCCUGGAAAAGGCCAUGAAAACCAUGGUGCAUAUUUGGGACGGCAUUUCUUUCCACCAUCAACCUUACAGGGAGACUGGAGUGUCCAUCCUGACAGCUUUGGAUGAGAUCCAGACAAUGCUGGAUGAUCAGAUUGUGAAGACUCAGACCAUGAGGGGCUCACCAUUCAUCAAACCAUUCGAAAAAGAAAUUAAGGUAAACGUCAAAUUCAAGAGAAUUUAUCCACAUACUUGAUAUUGACAGUUCACAGAGAUGGAUUAGGUCUGACUCUGCCUAUAUCAUCUCCUGAAGACUUUUAACUGUUCUGUCACCAUAGCACUGGGAGGAGCGCCUUCUGCGUAUCCAGGAAACCAUUGAUGAAUGGUUGAGGGUGCAGGCCCAGUGGCUUUAUCUGGAGCCCAUCUUCUCCUCCCAGGACAUUAUGCAGCAGAUUCCUGAAGAAGGACGACUUUUCCAAACCGUUGAUAAAAACUGGAAAGAGGUUAUGAGGCACUGUGUAAAGGACCCAAAGGUGAACUUGAUUUUUUUUUUUAAAUAUAGUUUAAACUUUAAGAUUUACUGUUCUCUUAACAACAGAUUUGUGAUCCUAGAUUCUGCCGGCAACCUCACCGCCUGGUUUGCUUGCAAAACUGCAAGACUCCAACAACCUCCUGGAAAGCAUCAUGAAAGGAUUGAAUGCUUAUCUGGAGAAGAAGCGUCUCUUUUUUCCAAGGUAACCGAAAUCGAUAUAGAAAAGUUUCUUCUUUAGUUAUUUGCUGGUCAAACAUGCGUUGAUGAUGACAACAAAUGUCUCCACAGGUUCUUCUUCUUGUCCAAUGAUGAAAUGCUUGAAAUCUUGUCUGAGACGAAGGACCCCCUACGGGUGCAGCCUCAUCUGAAGAAAUGCUUUGAGGGCAUCUCUAAACUGGACUUCCUACCUAACCUUGAUAUUCAGGCAAGACAAUCACACAUGUUGAUGUUAUAGUUAAAUCGCACCAUGGUUGAUGAGCUUUAGUUAAAUGCAUUCUGGUUUUGCACAGGCCAUGUACAGUAGUGAAGGAGAGCGUGUGCAGCUGAUUCAGAAUAUUUCCACGUCUGAAGCCAAAGGAGCAGUGGAGAAGUGGCUGGUGCAGGUGGAGGAUGUGAUGAUCCGGAGCGUCAGAGAUGUAGUGGCUCGGUCCAGAUUGGUAGGAUAACUGUUUCUCUCAUCCAAAAUAUUGUUGUGUGCAAAUUCUGACACCAUCAUGUUGAGGAACUGUGAUGAUGAUUGAGGUCAUUUUUACAGGCCUAUGCAGAGAUCCCUCGGAGUCAGUGGGUGAAGGAGUGGCCUGGACAGGUGGUGCUCUGCACCUCCCAGAUCUUCUGGACCCUGGAGGUUCAUGAGGCAAUUAGAUCAGGGACUGACGUAAGAUUUGAUUACAUUUGUUCUAAAUAUGAAGAGUCAGUGUUGUUAGGAUAGCUAAAAAUAUUUAUAAAUGACUUUGAGUUAAAUACAGGUGGUAAAUAGUGUUACAGUCACCAAUUUAGCGAUUUUUGAAGACACGAUAGCAAAAACAGUGUAAAACACCUUUUUGCUUUCUUUUUGUAGGGAUUAAAGAACUACUAUCAACAGCUGCAGAGUCAGCUGAAUGAUAUUGUAGAGCUCGUGAGAGGAAAACUACCCAAACAAACAAGGAUCACUUUAGGAGCCCUGGUCACAAUCGAUGUCCAUGCCAGGGAUGUGGUCAUGGAGCUCAUUGAGAAAGGUAGCAGAGAAUGUUGAAUAAACAGCAAUAACAUUUAUUUUUAACUUUGAAAAGUUAUCGAUGUUUUUAAAAAGAUAACACAAUUAUUGCCUUUUUUUGAAACAGGUGUGUCAAGUGAAACAGAUUUCCAAUGGCUUGCUCAACUUCGCUACUACUGGAACAACGACAAUGUCCGCGUUCGCAUAAUCAACUGUGACGUGAAGUACGCCUAUGAGUACCUGGGGAACUCUCCACGUCUGGUCAUCACCCCGCUGACUGACAGAUGCUACAGAACCCUGGUAAAGUCUGAUAAACAGCCAAUGCACAGACACGCUUACAUUGUGUUGUAGUAUUUAAACAUCAAACUCCUUAUUUCUCAGAUUGGGGCUUUCUACUUGAAUUUGGGUGGAGCGCCUGAGGGUCCAGCUGGAACAGGAAAGACAGAGACCACCAAAGAUCUUGCCAAAGCUCUAGCUGUACAGUGUGUGGUCUUCAACUGUUCUGAUGGACUGGAUUACCUCGCCAUGGGCAAAGUAACUUGAAAUUUUCACAUUUAUUUAUUGUGGUGUCAUGGCUGUGAUCGCAUAUCAUCCUUUCUAAUGCGUUUUGUUGCAUUAUCUCAGUUUUUUAAAGGUCUGGCGUCAUCCGGCGCAUGGGCUUGCUUUGACGAGUUUAACCGAAUUGAGCUGGAGGUGCUGUCCGUAGUGGCUCAGCAGGUUCUGUGUAUCCAGAGGGCGAUCGAGCUGAAACUGGAGUAUUUUGACUUUGAAGGGACGAUGCUCAAACUCAACCCAAACUGCUUUGUGUCCAUCACAAUGAACCCUGGUUAUGCAGGACGCUCAGAACUCCCAGACAAUCUCAAGGUCUCCGUCAGUUUCAUUACGUUACAUCAAUCACUGUGGGUCUGCACUGUCAGUCAGCAUUGGCUCUUCUGUCUCCUGCAUUAUUGAUGAAGUUAAUCACUUUAUUUGAUCCCAGUGCUUUGAAUCAUUCCAACUGGUUGCCAGCUUUGAAUUAUUCACAGUGAUGCAAUGACGACGCUUUAACACCCACUCAGAAUAUUAGCAAGAAGUUUUUGAGUGACAAACAGUGGCAGAAAAACAUCACCAUAAGUUUCUUUUGUUUCUCUUUGUAGGUGUUGUUCCGAACAGUGGCCAUGAUGGUCCCAAACUAUGCACUGAUUGCAGAGAUCUCUCUUUAUUCCUAUGGCUUCCUUAAUGCCAAACCACUGUCUGUAAAGAUUGUGAUGACCUACAGGCUCUGCUCAGAGCAGCUGUCCUCCCAAUUCCACUAUGAUUACGGCAUGAGGGCUGUCAAAGCUGUGCUUGUGGCUGCGGGGAAUCUCAAGCUCAAGUAUCCUGAGGAGAAUGAGGACAUACUGGUAUUUGUGCUGAAAUUGGACCAUAAAAUUAAUCAUAUUAGUGUUUUUCCUACCUGGAGAAAAGUUUUUGACCCUGUCUCUUUUUUCAAAAUGAAAUAUCCAGCUCCUCAGGUCCAUAAAAGACGUCAAUGAGCCCAAGUUUCUUUCCCAUGAUAUUCCUCUGUUCAAUGGAAUCACCAGUGAUUUGUUCCCAGGCAUCUCUCUCCCUGAGGCCGACUAUCAGGUGAUAUAUGUUUUUGUUUUUUCUCUAUCGAACAGUGGCUGUGAUAUAUGCUUUUUAUAAUUGUUAACUUCUGUGUUUUUUUUCAUAUCCUUUGCAGCUGUUUCUGGAAGCUGCCGCUGAGUGCUGUAAAAAUCACAAUGUGCAGCCCACGCAAGUUUUCUUAGGGAAGAUGAUCCAGACUUAUGAAAUGAUGAUUGUCAGACAUGGGUAUGUUAUAUUUUAAUGAAAGUGUCUCUGUGUAAGGAAUCCUGUUUGAUAUGUUUGAAGUAUGAAGUAUGAUACCCUUUUAAAGCACACUGUCUUUAUCAGGUUUAUGCUGGUAGGAGAACCAUUCGCUGGAAAGACCAAAGUGCUGCAUGUUCUCGUUGACACGCUGACGCUCAUGAAUGAGAGAGGGUAUGGAGAGGAAGAGAAGGUCAUCUUCCGGACAUUGAACCCAAAGUCCAUCACCAUGGGACAGCUCUUUGGGCAGUUUGACCUGGUUUCUCAUGAGGUAGACCUUUAUACCUCAGAUCCCGUUCUUUAUUCAGCAUCACAGAUAAAUGGGAGUGUCGUUUAUGUAAAUCCCAGUUGUAGAAUGGAAGAUAACAGGACGCCAUUUCACUCUUUUUCUAUUUUAGUGGACAGAUGGGAUAGUGGCGAACACAUUUCGUGAGUUUGCAUCAGCUGACACACCAGAUCGCAAAUGGGUGGUGUUUGAUGGCCCCAUAGACACACUGUGGAUCGAGAGCAUGAAUACUGUGCUGGAUGACAACAAGAAGGUACAUAGUGGAUUGGUAGAAACCUCUGCUGUUACAUGUAUAAUGCGUUUACUUGAGUUAAAACUGUUUGUUGUUUGACUUUUCCUCCACAGUUGUGCCUGAUGAGUGGUGAGAUCAUCCAGAUGUCUAGUCAGAUGAGUCUGAUUUUUGAAGCCAUGGAUCUAUCACAAGCCUCUGUGAGUUCAAUAAGUUAGGCUACUUUUGGUUUUCCAUUGGUAAGCAACGUAAUACCAUGUUUUGUAUAUGAUAAAUAUGUUUUUUAAAUAUUACGUUUUGUUUACUCUCACUGCAGCCUGCCACAGUCAGCCGAUGUGGCAUGAUUUACAUGGAGCCGUCUCAGUUAGGCUGGGAGCCUUUAGUAAUCUCUUGGAUUAACACCCUCCCUGAAGCCCUGCAGAGCCCAGAGAGCCGAUCUCUGCUGCUGGAGCUCUUCCACUGGCUCCUGCCGCCUGCUCUCAGGAUGCUGCGAAAGCACUGCAGAGUAAGUGACCCAGGCCCCCAGAAUAACCCAAACACAAUAUCGGUGGAUUUUGACACGCUGAAUUGCUUUUUGUGUACAGGAAGUUGUUUCCACUAGCAACAGUAACACAGUGAUGUCCCUGUGUCGACUGUUUGAGAUGCUGCUAACUGAACCUGUGCAGAAAUCUCCAGGGGGCAAAAAUAUUCGCACCUGGGUCAUGGUAAAAGGACUAAAUCUUCUUCUUUCAUUAAAACCUAUUUUGCACUAACUUAGCUUUGAGACAUUUGCCAUGAUUUAUAGAGUUUACACUCAAGUAUUUCAUUUAUUUUAUAUACAUCCCCUUUUUGUAAUUACAGGCGGGUUUUGCAUUCUCCCUGGUCUGGUCUGUGGGGGGCAGUUGUGAUGCAGACAGCAGAGAAAGGUUCAGUGAAUUCUUUAGGACGACUGUAUCCGGGAAGGCAGAAGAACAUCCCAUCCCUGCCACUGUGGGGAAAUGGGAGUGCCCGAUGGAUGAUAAAGGCCUGGUGUAUGACUAUUUCUAUGAGGUAUUAACUGAACACAUCGUUUAGAGGUGUUUAGGUUUGUUUUCACACAUUUUUGAGGUUCUAUUCUCUGCCACAGUUUAAAGGAAAAGGCCGCUGGGUUCCCUGGAACGACGGCAUCAAGAAUGUCAACUUGGGGGAUAAAAACACCAAAGUGCAGGAGAUCAUUGUUCCCACCAUUGACACAGUUCGCUACACCUACCUCAUGGACCUCUGCAUCAGCUAUGGAGUGUUAGUAUUUUGUGGAGGCACAGCGCGACUGAUACACAAAUGCUUGAGGCACAUUAUUAGACAAAUACAGCUUCUUUCUGCCUCCACAGUGUGACUAGUCGAUUCAAAAUAUUCCUCAUUUUAUUUAACCGAGAGUUUAGUGUUAUUUAAUCUUGCCGUGUGUAUUUUCUCUCUCUGUCUCUGUAGACCUUUGCUGUUUGUUGGUCCUACUGGCACAGGGAAAUCAGUGUAUGUGAAGGAGAAACUGAUGAACAACUUGGACAAAGACCGCUAUCUCCCCUUUUUUAUCAAUUUUUCUGCCAGAACGAGCGCCAACCAAACUCAGGUCAGCGUCAAAAACAGACUGAAUGUUCCUGAAUAAAAAUAUAAUUUGCUUGAAAUACUUUAUUAGCUGCAAUGAUCUAACAAGAAAACAUAAUUCUUUGUCUGUAAUAUUUCUAGAAUAUCAUCAUGUCCAGGUUAGAUAAGAGAAGAAAGGGAGUGUUUGGGCCUCCUGUGGGAAAGAAGUGUGUCAUCUUUGUGGAUGACAUGAACAUGCCUGCACUGGAGCAGUUUGGAGCUCAGCCUCCUGUGGAGCUUCUUCGACAGUUUGUGGACCAUGGAAACUGGUAAUAACUGUUAGAUACAAAGAAAAAGAAUGACAUGAAAAAUUAAGAUGACCAUAUGAACCAGAUUUAAGAAGUUUGAGGAUUGUUUGACGAGAGCGUACCUGGUUUACCCUGACAGGUACGACCUGAAGGACACCUCCAGAAUCACUCUCAUGGACCUGCAGCUCAUCGCAGCUAUGGGUCCCCCUGGUGGUGGGAGAAAUGCUGUGACAUCCCGGUUCCUCCGUCACUUUAACAUCUGCAGCAUUAAUGCCUUCAGUGAUGACACUAUGGUUCGAAUUUUCUCCAGCAUCGUAGCCUUCUACCUGAAAAAUAAUGAAUUUACACCUGAAUAUUUCACUAUUGGCAGCCAGAUAGUGACAGCUACAAUGGAGGUAAGUCAUCUCAAAAACACACACUGAUAUCAUCUGAGCUGUUUAGUUUAGAUGAGCAAAUAUAUGUCUUUAAUUUAUUUGUUUUUGUCCUUAUAGGUGUAUAAGAAAGCCAUGGAAAACCUGCUCCCAACUCCGGCAAAGUCUCACUACACUUUUAACUUGCGGGACUUCUCACGAGUCAUCCAGGGCUGCCUGCUGCUGAAGAAGAAGUCUCUGGAGAACAAGCGCACAGUUAUACGCUUGUUUGUCCACGAGGUCUUCCGCGUCUACUAUGAUCGUCUGGUGGAUGACAAAGACAGAGCAUGGCUCUACUUGCUGAUGAAAGACAUCCUCAAAGACCACUUUAAAGAGAACUUCGACCAGAUUUUUGAUCACCUCAAACAAGGCAGUAAAGUAAGUGAGGAUAAAGUUAUUUUUGCUUUUUUAUCACAUACUGAACAACUAUUGUAACCAAAUAUUAUUAAAGAUCCAUAUGCAAAUAAAACAAUUAAGACACAUAUAUAUUUUUAUAAGCAUAACAUUUUUCAUAUUUCUUAGCUGGUGGAAGAAGACAUGAGGAAUCUUCUGUUUGGUGACUACAUGACCCCUGACCUGGAGGGUGAUGAGCGUUUGUAUGCUGAGGUGCCCUCGAUGGACAGCUUUGAAAUAGUAGUGCAGUCGUGUCUUGAAGAAUACAACCAAAUGCACAAGAAUCACAUGAACCUUGUCAUCUUCAGGUAAGCACCUUUUUUUUUUACUACAGAGUCAAAAAAAAGGAUUAUUCUGAGCUACGUAUCUAUUAGUGCAUUAUGUUUUUAAGUUCUCUUUAAUAUCUUUGCUUUUCAUAAUAACUUGAGUAACUGAGACUUUGCCUCUGUUAUAAAGGUAUGUCCUUGAGCACCUAUCUCGAAUCAGCCGUGUGUUGAAGCAGCCAGGAGGUAAUGCCCUUCUUGUGGGAGUGGGAGGCAGUGGUCGUCAGUCGAUUACCCGUCUGGCUACAUCCAUGGCCCACAUGACCAUGUUCCAACCUGAGAUCUCCAAGAGCUACGGCAUGACGGAGUGGAGAGAUGACCUGAAAGUCAGAUUAUUUUGCUGGGCAGACGUCUCUGUCUUAUUUUGAUCUCUGAUUGAUUGAUUUUGUCAACAAACUAUCCUCUUACAUUUCCUUUUGUUUUAGAUGCUGCUGAAAAAUGCUGGGGUGAAAGGUCAGAAAACAGUGUUUCUGCUAACUGAUGCCCAGAUAAAAGACGAGGCUUUUCUCGAAGAUGUGGACAGUGUGUUGAACACGGGGGAGGUGCCCAAUCUGUUUGCUGUUGACGAGAAGCAGGAGAUCAUGGAGGUAGAGAUAGAAAUAAUCAAUCUGCAAACCCUCACUGAACUACAAAUGCUUUCUGAAAAGACAUAUAUACUCACGUUUGAUUUCUCUUUCUCAACCUUUCUGUCCUCAGACAGUACGUCCCAUCGCCCAGGCUGGAAACAAGAAUUUGGAGUUGAGUCCUUUGACUCUGUUUGCCUUCUUUGUGGCACGCUGUAGAGAGAACCUGCACAUUGUUGUAGCCUUCAGUCCAAUAGGAGACGCUUUCCGAAACCGUCUGCGCCAAUUUCCAUCUCUUAUCAACUGCUGUACCAUUGACUGGUUUCAGGUACUGAGUUGGUUUCAGGAGUGAAAUGAUUGUAGUGGUCAUUUGGUGUCAAAUUACAACAACUAUUAGACACUUUUAUAAAUACUACUAGUAGUCUUAUUAAUAUUAUCUCAUUUAACUGUGCAGCCAUGGCCAGAGGAGGCUCUUGAGCGGGUGGCCAACUCCUUCCUGGAGUCACUAGACAUGAGCGAUAAUGAGAGGCAGGAAGUUGUACCAAUUUGCAAAACUUUCCACACCUCAGCCAAACAGCUCUCCCACAGGUAUGACAUGUUUAUUCAUGACCUGCAUAUUCAAAAGGUUAAGCGUUUCUCUAAUAACCUAGAGCUACCUUGUUGUUUUUAUUGUAGAUUCCUCGCUGAGCUGGGUCGCCACAAUUACGUGACUCCCACUUCCUACCUGGAACUGAUUGCAGCUUUCAGGUUGCUCCUUACUCAGAACAGAGACAUGGUCAUGAAAGCAAAACAGAGGUACACCAACGGCCUGGAUAAACUAGCUUUUGCUGAAUCUCAGGUACCUGCAGCAGCACCAUUUGUACUGGAAUUUCUUUGUUGCGUUCUUUAGCAAAGCUUAUUUUUAGCGUAUUUUUUUCUGCAGGUUGGCGAGAUGAAGAAGGAGCUUGUUGACCUGCAGCCCAAACUGGAACAGGCAAAAAUAGACAACACUAAUAUGAUGAAGGUAAGAAAAAAUAAUAGCGUUCAGUCUGACCUGCUGCGUGUUCGAAAAAUAAAAGGAGUUUAAUUCCACUUGACUACUUUCAGGUGAUUGAAGUGGAGUCUGUGGAGGUGGAGGCCAAAAGUAAAGUUGUGCGUGUCGAUGAGGAAGCGGCAACAGUAAAAGCCAGCGAGGCUCAGGCUCUGAAGAAUGAGUGUGAAAGUGACUUGGCUGAGGCCAUCCCUGCCCUGGAGGCUGCUCUCUCAGCCUUGGACACGCUGAAGGUAAGAAACCCUUCAGCUGCGCCGCUACGCUGUGACAGUUUAAUCUACUCAGAACAUCACAGUUGAUAUAGAUAAGUACGUUGAGCUGCCUGUUUCUCUUCCAGCCCUCUGAUGUUACAAUAGUGAAGUCCAUGAAAAAUCCGCCUUCAGGGGUGAAACUGGUGAUGGCAGCUGUAUGUGUGAUGAAGGAGAUAAAGCCGGAUAAGAUAGCUGACCCAGCUGGGACUGGGAAAAAGGUUAAACUUCAGGACAUGAUAUCUGAACAAGAAAUCACAGCGUUGAGCUUCUUUUUGAUGCCUUUAACAACAUUGCUAAAGCUCACCUUAUGAAAACUGAUUCUAUCUUUUGUCUAGGUUUUGGACUACUGGGGUCCGAGCAAAAAGCUCCUGGGUGACAUGAACUUUUUGCGUGACCUUAGAGAAUAUGACAAAGACAACAUUCCUGUGAGUAUCAACAAAAUAUGUUUAUUAUUUGUUAUUGAACACUGCUUUUAUAAACUCAUCUCUUUCUUUGCUACAGGUUCCUGUGAUGCAAAAAAUCCGUACUGAGUAUAUGACUAAUCCCGACUUUGACCCCAGUAUUGUGGCAAAGGCCUCCUCUGCAGCUGAGGGCCUGUGCAAAUGGAUCAAAGCAAUGGAGGUGUAUGACAGGGUUGCAAAGGUGCGGUGAUUAUCUUCUGGGAAAGGAUCGAUUUUUCUCUUUGCGUGUCGUGAUCGACCCUUUUCUUUGAUCACAACUCCUGCUUUUGGCUGUAGGUCGUGGCUCCCAAGAAAGCUAACCUCGCCGAGGCCCAGGAGUCCCUGGCUGCUACCAUGGCCCUGCUGGAUCAGAAGAGAGCCGAACUAAAAGAGGUGGAAGACCGUCUCGCUGCUCUCCAGAAAACUUUUGAGGAAAAGACAGAGGAGAAAGCUCAGUUAGAGUUUCAGGUUGAUUUGUGUGCCAGGAAGUUGGAGCGGGCGGAGAAACUUAUCGGCGGUCUUGGCGGAGAGAAGACAAGGUCAGAACGAAGCCCAUGUGCAUUUUAUAAAGUUUAAUCCAAAUGUGAUACUUACUGACUGAGUUUAUUUGGUUUCUUAAGAUGGUCAAAGGCAGCAGAUGAUCUACAGAACACAUAUGACAACCUAACUGGGGAUGUUCUCAUCUCUGCUGGGGUCAUUGCUUAUUUAGGGGCCUUCACUGCUGGCUUCAGACAGGACUGCACCAAAUCAUGGACCAAACUCUGCCAAGUAACAGUCCUCCAAAGUUUUAUCUAGUCUUUUUCUGUUGCUUCAUUUCUAUUGAGACAUAACCAGUUGCUUUCUUUCUUCCUUUUGCUCUCUCUUCAAAUCUCUAGUCGAGGAAUAUCCCAUCAUCGGAUGAAUUCUCUCUCAGUAAGACCUUAGGAGAUCCCAUUAAGAUCAGAGCUUGGAACAUCGCAGGCCUUCCCAGUGACUCUUUCUCUGUUGACAAUGGUGUAAUUGUCAGCAACUCACGAAGAUGGUAAGCUAUUUUGAACUGAAUUCUUUAUUUAUGUUAGGAGCAUUGGACAAAAAAUAAACAGUGUUUUUGUUCUGGUAGGCCCUUGAUGAUUGAUCCUCAAGGUCAGGCCAACAAGUGGGUGAAGAAUUCAGAGAAAGACAACAACCUGAGUGUGAUCAAGCUGACUGAUGGGGACUACAUGAGGACUUUGGAGAACUGUAUUCAGUUUGGAACGCCUUUGCUCCUGGAGAAUGUAGGAGAGGAGCUGGAUCCUUCACUGGAACCACUGCUGCUCAAACAAAUCUUCAAACAAGGUGUCCUGAGUUUUAUGAAGCUCUUGGGAACUUCAGGUUUUAAUCCCAGAAGGAAUCUGGAAAAACUAAAAUUGUUCCUCUCACUUAGGUGGCGUGGAUUGCAUCCGGCUUGGUGAGAGUGUGAUUGAAUACUCGCCUGAGUUCCGUUUCUACAUCACCACUAAGCUGAGAAACCCACACUACCUACCAGAGUUGGCAACCAAGGUGUCCCUUCUUAACUUCAUGAUCACUCCAGAGGGCCUGGAGGACCAGUUAUUGGGGAUUCUAGUCGCCAAGGAGAGGUAGCGCACACAAUCUGGUCAUGUUUUUAUAGCAUUGACAUAAUCCUUAUCCUUUUCUUUUUGGGGUCAUAUUUCCACUUGAUAUUCUUGACAGGCCAGAGCUGGAAGAGGAGAGGAAUGCACUGAUCUUGCAGUCAGCUGCUAAUAAAAGGCAGCUUAAGGAAAUCGAGGACAAGAUCCUGGAGACACUGCAAUCCUCAGAGGGGAAUAUCCUGGAGGAUGAGAGUGCCAUUCAGAUUCUGGACUCUGCAAAGAUCAUGUCUAAUGAGAUUACAAAAAAACAGCAGGUGAGGAAGAUGUGAAAAUCGCAGAGAAAAUGAGACCUGUUUUGAGGAAUGUGAUAUUUGGUAAUAUUUUUCGAUAUUUUGCAGAUCGCAGAGAAAAGACAGAAAUCAAGAUCGCAGAAUCAAGAGAAGGUUACAGAUCUAUAGCCAAACAUUCCUCCAUCCUGUUCUUCAGCAUUGCUGACCUGACCAACAUAGACCCGAUGUACCAGUACUCUCUUAGCUGGUUUGUCAACCUCUACAUUAACUCUAUUCAGGACAGGUGAGUGACGCACAUGAAGCCCAGAAAUGUAAUGCAGAUGAGAAAUAUGAUCAGACUUUGUUUUAUUUCUCAUCCAUCAGUAACAAGUCAAAGAUCCUCGAGCGAAGACUUCGAUAUCUGAUCGAUCACUUCACCUAUAACCUCUACUGUAAUGUCUGCCGCUCUCUGUUUGAGAAAGACAAACUCCUCUUUUCAUUCCUCCUCUGCUGCAAUCUACUCCUGUGAGUCCUCAAGAGAUAUUUCCCCAUGACGAGUAACUUUCUUAUAACUGGCAUUAGCUUCUAACCACAUUAAAUUAUAUUAAAUUUAGGCUGGUUUAUCUUUUUAUAUCUAUCCAGAGCAAAAAAGGAGAUUGAAUACUCUGACUUCAUGUUCCUACUGACCGGAGGAGUGGGUCUUCAGAACACUGUUCCCAAUCCAGAACCCAGCUGGCUGCAGGACAAGAGCUGGGAUGAGAUUUGUCGAGCCAGUGAUCUGCCUGGCAUACAAGGAAUAAAGUAAAAAGACAUAACCAAUCAUAAACUCGCUCUACCAAACAUUCUUUAUGUCUAAUGGAGUGAAUCUAAGUGUGUUUUAUUCUACAGAGAGGCUUUCAUUCAAAGCCCCGGAGACUUCAAGCCCAUUUAUGACAGCAAAGAGCCGUGUAACACUCCUCUGCCCACUCCCUGGUGUGAUCGACUUAAUGAGCUGCAGAAGAUGAUCAUUGUUCGCUGUCUCAGGCCGGAUAAGAUCGUGCCAGCUGUGACUAAAUACGUGACUGGCAAAUUGGGCAAGAAAUUUGUCCAGCCGCCUCCCUUUGACCUGAGUAAGAGCUACUUGGACUCCAACUCUACCAUCCCCCUUGUGUUUGUGCUGUCUCCAGGAGCGGAUCCCAUGGCUAGUAAGUCCCACAGCUCUGAUUGAUGAUUGGCUGUCAUAGAUGCAGCUCCUUGAAGAUCAUCAGAAAUAACAAUAUGCCCCCCACAGGCUUGCUGAAGUUUGCCAGUGACAAGAACAUGGCUGGUGCCAAGUUUCAGUCCAUCUCUCUGGGGCAGGGCCAGGGGCCCAUUGCAGCCAAAAUGAUAUCCACGGCCAUGCAGGAAGGGACGUGGGUGUGUUUGCAGAACUGUCACCUGGCUGUUUCCUGGAUGUCCACCCUGGAGAAAAUCUGUGAGGAUUUCAGUCCAGGGACGUGCCAUCCUGACUUCCGCCUUUGGCUCACAAGUUAUCCUUCAGCCAAAGUAAAGUUUAUCCAAUGUUAAUUAGGAUGUGUGUCUUAGUUGGGAUUAUAACUAUGAAUAUUAACCUAAAUAUAUCUUUUCUGGUUUCAGUUUCCAGUGACCAUCCUGCAGAAUGGAGUGAAAAUGACGAAUGAGCCUCCUACAGGCCUGCGUCUUAACUUGCUGCAAUCUUAUCUGUCAGAUCCUGUUUCUGACCCAAACUUCUUCAAUAACUGUGCGAACAAAGAGCUGGUAAGUUGCCUCCAUUUCAGUUUCAUCAUCAAAUACGUCUUUUUUUAUUAUGUGGGACAUCCUGUGACUCUAAAAUUUCUCCUUCAGAUCUGGGAGAAGCUCUUGUACGGCCUCUGCUUCUUCCAUGCUCUUGUUCAGGAGAGGAAAAAGUUUGGUCCUCUUGGCUGGAAUAUUCCCUAUGGCUUCAACGAAUCAGACCUACGUAUCAGCAUCAGGCAGCUGCAGGUAUUUAGUCAUCGUCUUUGAGGUCAUAUUAGCAAAAUCAAAGUAAAUCCAAAAAUUCAUUCAUAUGAUUUUUCUUUCUGUAGCUGUUUGUGAAAGAGUAUGAUGAGGUACCUUUUGAGGCCAUAACUUACCUCACUGGAGAAUGUAACUAUGGCGGUCGUGUGACUGACGACUGGGAUCGGAGGCUCUUGAUGACCAUAUUAGCAGACUUCUACAACAAGAACAUCAUUGAGACACCUCGCUACCCUUUCUCACCUAGCGGCGAGUACCAUGCCCCUCCCAAAUCUAAAUAUGAGGACUACAUUGAAUUCAUCAAAGUAAAAGCCAUUAAUCACAUCACAACAAAGUGCACAAAUGGCUGUUUUUGUCACUUCCAGCUGACCAGUAUUAACCUCAUUGUCUUGUCCCGUAGGAGCUUCCAUUCAGCCAGCAUCCAGAGGUGUUUGGGAUGCAUGAAAAUGUGGACAUUUCUAAAGAUCUACAGCAGACAAAGAUGCUGUUUGAUUCCCUGCUGCUCACCCAGGGUGGAGGAGCUAAGGGAGGGGGGAGCUCUGGGAGUGACAACACGCUCUUCGAUAUAGCAAAUGACAUCCUUACGAAGGUACAAGCUUACCACAACUUUCUUCAGGCAGAGUUUUAGCCAUAUUUCAAGCAUUGGGGGAUAGUUACCUGCUUGCUAAGCAAUGAGGUCAAGAUCUAAAUAUUUCAAAAAAUGUGUGACGCUCAUGUUCCCGAAAGUAGGAAUCCCACAGACUUUUAGUGAUCUCCGAAUAGACGUGUGCACCACAAGAGACACAUGCCACUAGUGCAGGGGAACUUUUAUAAAGAAGUACCAGGCUUUGAAGGCGCUUCCUUUUUCUCUGAUUUUAUACACUUUCAGCUCUGUGUUGUAUAUUUUUAACCAUCUGACUAACUUAUUCCCACCAGCUUCCAGCUAAUUUUGACACAGAGGCAGCCUUGAUGAAGUUCCCGGUGCUCUACGAGGAGAGCAUGAACACUGUGCUCGUCCAAGAAAUGGAGCGCUACAACACGUAAGAACAAACGGCACAGUGUGGGACUUUGAUUCACACCUCACAUCACCACUAAUAUUAUGUUUUUACCUGCCGUUUUUUUUUUUUUUUCUCUCAGGCUGUGCAGCACCAUCCGCGUGAGUCUACAGAACCUGUUGAAGGCCAUCAAGGGCUUGGUGGUGAUGGAUGCAGAGCUGGAGGCGGUUGCAGGCAGUUUGAUCGUGGGUAAGGUCCCAGAGAAAUGGGCCAAGCGCUCUUACCCCAGCCUCAAGCCUUUGGGCAGCUACAUCACAGACUUUCUCUCAAGGCUCAAGUUUUUGCAGGUAAGACUUCUCAGGAACGAUACCAUUAAAAAACAGAAGAAAGAUGGAAGCUUUAGAUUUAUUCAAGUUCACUUUUACUUUGUGCUUUUGCAGGAUUGGUACGAUGCCAGUAAACCUGAUGUGUUUUGGCUGUCUGGCUUCUUCUUCACCCAAGCCUUCCUGACUGGGGCUAUGCAGAACUACGCCCGCAAAUAUCACAUCCCCAUUGACCUGCUUGGCUUUGACUUUGAGGUUAAAAGAAAUACUAUAUAAUCCCUCUGUCUCCACUCCAAGAAAUACACUCUGAGCCCUCUGUGCGAGCUUAUUCUCUGUUUCUAUUUUCAUGGUUACACUUGAAGGUUCUUCCUAUUGAUGAAUCAGACACUUCGCCUGUUGAUGGCGUUUAUGUGAAUGGAUUGUUCCUGGACGGAGCUCGAUGGGACAAAGACAGGUAGGAGUUUAAAUUGGAGUUAAUUUCAGGAAGAAAAAUAAACAUUUUAACAGUAAAGAGAACGAAUAUUCUAUACAGAUGAACUUGUUUUUGUUACUUUUUUAGUGGAUUUCUGGCAGAGCAGCACCCCAAAGUCCUUUUCGACUUAAUGCCCAUCAUCUGGAUAAAACCUAGUAAGUAUCGUACAAGUAAUUCAUGUUUAACCCGUUUGUUGUAAAAGUGUGUUUCCCUGACUACUUACUUAUUAUUUACUUGCUUCUUUGUCUUUAUCGCAGCACAAAAGAAGAGCAGUGAUCAGCCUCAGAGCCUGUUUGUCUGCCCUCUCUACAAGACAAGCGAGAGGAAGGGAACCCUCUCUACGACAGGCCACUCAACAAACUUUGUCAUUUCCAUGAUGUUGCCCACCAGCAGGCGCCCUCAGCACUGGAUAAAGCGUGGGGUGGCCAUGCUUUGCCAGCUCGAUGACUGA